AUGGCGACCAGCGGCCCCGGCCCGGUCACCUCACAGGGGCCAAUCAGAACCGGGACAGCGCGCCUGCGCACUCCAGUACAGCAGACUCUGACCCCACCUCCUACAGACUCUGACCCCACCCCCUACAGACUAACCCCACCCCCUACAGACUCUGACCCCACCACUGCAGACUCUGACCCCACCCUUGCAGACUCUGACCCCAUCCCUGCAGACUCUGACUCCACCCCUGCAGACUCUGACUUCACCCCUGCAGACUCUGACCCCACCCUUGCAGACUCUGACCCCACCCUUGCAGACUCUGACCCCACCCUUGCAGACUCUGACCCCACCCCUGCAGACUCUGACUCCACCCCUUCAGACUCUGACUCCACCCCUGCUGACUAUGACCCCACCCCUGCAGACUCUUACUCCACCCCUACUCUGACUUCACCCCUGCAAACUCUGACCCCACCCCUGCAGACUCUGACCCCACCCUUGCAGACUCUGACCCUACCCCUGCAGACUCUGACUCCACCCCUGCUGACUAUGACCCCCACCCCUGAAGACUCUUACUCCACCCCAGCAGACUCUGAUCCCACCCCUGCAGACUCUGAUCCCACCCCUGCAGACUCUGAUCCCACCCCUGCAGACUCUGACUCCACCCCUGCAGACUAUGAACCCACACCUGCAGACUCUGACUCCACCCCUGCAGACUCUAACCCCACCCCUGCAGACUUUGACUCCACCCCUACAGACUCUAACCCCACCCCUGCAUAG